UCGUACAUCAUGGUUGGAGAUAAACCUUGGCCAGAAGUGCCAAUUGGAAACAAGGACCAUGCCAAUGCAGCAGUGGUGAUUGUAGGUGCCGGUAUAUCAGGCAUGUGCACGGCCAUCGAUCUCAUCAAACAGAACAACUGCAAAAACUUCAUCAUCUUGGAAAAGAGCAGUGGCGUUGGCGGAACAUGGCACGACAACAAGUACCCCGGCGCUUGCUGUGACGUCUGGUCUCAAUUGUACUCCUACUCCUUUGCACAAAACAGUGACUGGACACGCGAAUACCCCGGCCAGGAAGAGAUCCUCUCCUACCUGAUGGGCGUAGCACAGCAAUACAAUCUCUACCAACAUGUACGCUUCAACACGACAGUAGAAAACGCAACUUGGGAUGACGAAGCGAAGAAAUGGCGUAUCCAUGUCAGCACGGCAAAGGGAAGCAAAGACGCAGAGUUCAAUCCCGAAUACGAUAUCAAUGCCGAUUUCUUGGUUAGUGCGGUGGGACAACUGAACGUACCCAAGUGGCCAGAUAUUCCUGGCAUCAAGGAGUUCAAGGGUAAACUCAUUCAUUCUGCUCGUUGGGAUUGGAGUUAUGAUCUCAAGGAUAAAAAGAUUGCCGUCAUUGGAAAUGGUGAGUUUUGUNGUGCAACGGCCGUCCAAAUCAUCCCCGAGAUUGCAAAGGUAGCCAGUAAAGUUGGCGUAUAUCAACGAACGCCCAACUGGNUGAUACCUCGCCAGGAUGCUCCCAUCCCAUCCUGGACAAGAAGUCUGUUCAAAUAUGUCCCUCCACUAAUGUGGCGAAAGCGAGCCCUUCAAAUGGACUUUCGCGAGUCCUUCUAUCAGAUUGUUGGGGAUACAACAUCCAGCGGCGCAGACGAGAUCCGCAAAUACAACAAAGACAUGCUAAAUGCCGCAUUUCCUGACGAUCCCGAGAUGCAGAAAAAGCUACUGCCAAACUACAAUCCAGGUUGCAAGCGUAUUAUCAUCAGUGAUGACUACUAUCCUACCCUCGCACUGCCUCACGUCUCUCUCAUCACAGACAAGAUCUCUUCCAUCACUGCAACUGGCAUCGAGACCGAAGGUAAAGAAGCCGAUGACUACGAUCUCAUUGUCUUGGCCACAGGCUUCGAGACUCUGGACUUUAUGCACCCAAUCGAGAUGCGCGGACACAAUGGCACCCCUCUCAGUAAAGUCUGGUCUCACGGCGCCAAAGCCCUCUACGGCGUCACCGUUUCUUCCAUGCCCAACUUUUCGAUGCUUUACGGGCCGAACACCAACCUUGGCCACAACAGUAUCAUCCUCAUGAUCGAAGCCCAAUCACGCUACAUCAACGCCUUGAUCGCUCCCGUCCUCUACGCCCGCAAACAAGGCAAAAAUCUAUCCAUCCGCCCCAAUGACCGGCGCAUGGAAGCAUUCAACAAACAACUUCAAUCCGAUCUCUCCGCCUCGGCCUUUGCAGACCCAAACUGCAAUUCCUGGUACAAGACCAGCGAAGGCCUCAUCACCAACAACUGGAGCAAAAAUGUUGUAGACUAUCAGAACAUGAUUGCCGAAGUGCAAUGGAGUGAUUAUGAGAUUGAGGGAACAGGGGAAGAGGGGUUGGGCAAGAGGCAAAAGACGAGGGUUGGGAGGGUCAAGGAGGAGACGAUUGUUGCCAGUAAUGGGGUUCUGGGGGCUGUGGGGGUGGUGUCUGUUGUUGCUGUUGUGGCGGCUGGGUGGUUUGUGAGAGGAGGGAGGGGGUUGGGUGGGUUGAGGGUUAGGUAG